GGUUCUCGAGUGCUGACCCCUGCAGGCAAAAACAAUCGAGAUGGCGACCAAAAUGGUUUGAUGGAGAAGACAGUUCCUCUUUCAUCUAGAAAAAGCCUUACGGUGAGGCUCAUAAAUAACUAAUUGAUGCGAUUAGGGGACGAUAACUUUAUUAUGACAAUGGCCGAUCAGUGUAUCGAUGUAACAAGCUUGCCAAUUGAAAUCCGAGAGAAACUAGCGGAAUUGGAGCUAGAAUUAUCGGAAGGGGACAUAACACAAAAAGGUUAUGAAAAGAAGAGAGCAAGGUUACUUGCUCCUUAUCUCCCAUCAUAUGGUGCAGGUGCUGCUAGUCCAUCCACUCGUGCCAAGCGUCAAGCACAUCGUAGACUCACAAGAAACGAAAGCAGGUAUCAUUCAGAAGUUCGUCAAGAAGCUGUUCAACAAGCUUUGGCAGCAAUGCAAAAUAGACCAAAACCAUCACUUCCAAUGCCUUCCAAACGAAUUUCUGUGAUGGCAACUUCUCCUUCGCGUGAAAGACAUGCUUCAGAUACUUCUUCAGAUGAAGAUAGUGUUCUAAAUGAAGGAAGUACACCUGAACAAGAAAGAUGUUUUCGACCUUUGCAACAGUAUUCUUUAACUCCACAGUCAGACACUUCUAGUACUUCAUCUGCACGUGAAACUCCUUCUCCACAACAAAGACAUAUGAGGUAUAAUGGAAGAUCAGGAAGAUUUGAAGAUCAAUUACCUGAUUACAGAGAUAAUACAGAUGUGGUUACUAAUCUUGCUGAUGUCAUGCAAAAUCUUACACCAAGUAAUUUACCAAAAUAUUUAUUUAUUUUUUUAUUUGUUAGGCUACUAUGGUGGAUUUCCUUUGAUUUUCCUGUAGUGGCAGCCAAUCAGUUAGACCCCAAUUCACCAAGACCAGAAGGAAAUGUUAUGACACCAUUAGUUGGAGAGCAAUUAUUGUACCAAUUUAAUUUUCUGACAGAUACUUCUUCAGAUGAAGAUAGUGUUCUAAAUGAAGGAAGUACACCUGAACAAGAAAGAUGUUUUCGACCUUUGCAACAGUAUUCUUUAACUCCACAGUCAGACACUUCUAGUACUUCAUCUGCACGUGAAACUCCUUCUCCACAACAAAGACAUAUGAGGUAUAAUGGAAGAUCAGGAAGAUUUGAAGAUCAAUUACCUGAUUACAGAGAUAAUACAGAUGUGGUUACUAAUCUUGCUGAUGUCAUGCAAAAUCUUACACCAAAUCCCAGUCAACAACCAGAUGUCACUAGCAAUACAACUACAUCGUCUAGAAGAAAUGGCACUGAUCAUAUCAAUCGCUACAAUCCAGCCCACAUGUCAUCUGUAAGAGUUACACAACAUUCCUCAGCAGGAUUAGAAUAUAACACAGGAACUGGGAAAUGGAAGGUUUCAGCUAAAAUUCAGCAGUUGCUCAAUACCCUAAAGAGACCAAAAAGACGUCCUCUUCCGGAAUUCUAUGUUGAUGAUGAAACAGAUUUAGAAAUGGCAGCCAAUCAGUUAGACCCCAAUUCACCAAGACCAGAAGGAAAUGUUAUGACACCAUUAGUUGGAGAGCAAUUAUUGGUUCCUUCUGGUCUCCCUCGGACUCUAGAAGCAGCUAUUCAACGGUAUGGUUCAGCAACAUUUAAAGCACCAAUUGCUACUGUAUUAGAUACAAAUGGAAAGAUUAGUAACCCUCUUACUUAUGGCAAGCUUUUAAAUCGAACAAUGAAGAUUGCAUACAAUUUGCUCAAUAAGAUGGGACAAAAAGGGGAAUGUGGUUUAAAAUCUGGAGACAGAGUUGCAGUAGUAUAUCCUAAUAAUGAUCCAGUUGCCUUUUUAUGUACUUUUUAUGGUUGCUUGACAGCUGGUAUAGUGCCAGUGCCAAUUGAAGUUCCAUUAACAAGAAGAGAUGCUGGAUCCCAACAAAUUGGCUUUCUCUUAGGAAGUUGUGGUGUUUGUUAUGCAUUAACUUCAGAAGCUUGUUAUAAAGGUUUACCAAAGACUGCUACAGGUGAAAUUCAUACAUUUAAAGGCUGGCCAAAACUAAAUUGGUUUGUAACUGAGCAUCUUAGUAAACCUCCCAAAGAUUGGCAACCACCAGUUAGAAUUAGUGAAGAAGCUGCAGCUUAUAUUGAACCCAAAAAUAACUCAGGAGAAGUAAUGGUAUGUGUUUUGGAUUUUAAGAGAGAAGUUGGACUUUGGCAUAGUAUUCUAACUAGUGUUUUAAAUGGAAUGCAUGUUAUAUUUAUUCCAUAUUCUUUAAUGAAAAUCAAUCCUGCAUCUUGGAUGCUUAUGAUAACCAAAUUUAAAGCUAGUGUUGCAGUUUGUAAGUCUCGUGAUUUGCAUUGGGGUUUAUUGGCAACUAAAGAUCAUAAAGAUGUUAAUUUGAGCUCUCUUCGUUUAUUAUUGGUGGCAGAUGGAUCAAAUCCAUGGUCAUUAUCUUCUUGUGAUCAGUUUGUUAGUGUUUUUCAUAGUCGUGGGCUUUCACCGGAUGCUGUGUGUCCUUGUGCAAGUUCGUCUGAAGCUUUAACGGUUGCUAUCAGAAGGCCUGGAAGAACAGGUACAGGUGCUAGUGGAAGAGGGGUUUUAUCUAUGUCAGCUCUUAGUUUUGGAGUUAUACGUGUUGAUCAAGAAAACAGUUUAACGUCUUUAACAUUACAAGACUGUGGCCAAAUUAUGCCUGGAGCUGUGGUAGCAGUUGUAAAAAUCAAUGGCCUGCCAUAUCUAUGCAAAACAGAUGAGGUGGGUGAAAUAUGUGUUAGUAGCAAUGCAACUGGUUCUUCUUAUUGGGGAUUACAGGGUCUCACAAACACAGUUUUUAAGACACAGCCACUUUAUCCAGACGGACAUCCCUUCAGUGAUCAAGUAUUCAUUCGUUCAGGAUUAUUAGGCUUUAUGGGACCUGUAACAAGGGACUAUUUUUAUCAGUUUGGAGAAAUUAGGUCCAUAACUAUGUUGGCAAGACAACAAUGUGCUUUUAUACAGUUUACUACAAGAACUGCUGCUGAAUUAGCUGCUGAAAAAGCAUUUAAUAAACUUAUUUUAUGUGGUAGGAGAUUGACAAUUAAAUGGGGUAGGUCUCAAGCAAAAUCUUCUGUACCCACUACUAAAGAAGGAGAAGGGAAGAAAUUGGAACCAGUUCCAGGACUUCCAGGAGCUUUACCUCCACCACCUGAUGAAUUAACAAACAAUUAUUUCAAUCUUGCACCAACUGCACAAAAUUUACCACCGCCACCUAUUCCGCAUCCAGCAAUGAUGCCCCAUCCUCCUCCAAUGGGGUCAUUAUCUUCUUGUGAUCAGUUUGUUAGUGUUUUUCAUAGUCGUGGGCUUUCACCGGAUGCUGUGUGUCCUUGUGCAAGUUCGUCUGAAGCUUUAACGGUUGCUAUCAGAAGGCCUGGAAGAACAGGUACAGGUGCUAGUGGAAGAGGGGUUUUAUCUAUGUCAGCUCUUAGUUUUGGAGUUAUACGUGUUGAUCAAGAAAACAGUUUAACGUCUUUAACAUUACAAGACUGUGGCCAAAUUAUGCCUGGAGCUGUGGUAGCAGUUGUAAAAAUCAAUGGCCUGCCAUAUCUAUGCAAAACAGAUGAGGUGGGUGAAAUAUGUGUUAGUAGCAAUGCAACUGGUUCUUCUUAUUGGGGAUUACAGGGUCUCACAAACACAGUUUUUAAGACACAGCCACUUUAUCCAGACGGACAUCCCUUCAGUGAUCAAGUAUUCAUUCGUUCAGGAUUAUUAGGCUUUAUGGGACCUGGAGGUCUUAUGUUUGUUUGUGGUACAUUAGAUGGAUUAAUGCAAGUGAGUGGUCGAAAACAUAACACAGAUGAUAUAAUAGCAACCGUCCUUGCUGUGGAACCAAUGAAAUUUAUUUAUAGAGGAAGAAUUGCAGUAUUUUCUAUUAGAGUUCUUAGAGAUGAAAGAAUAUGUGUAAUUGCUGAACAAAGACCUGACUGUACAGAGGAAGAAAGCUUUCAAUGGAUGAGCAGAGUUUUACAAGCAGUUGAUAGUAUACAUCAAGUUGGUAUCUACUGUUUAGCUCUGGUUCCACCUAAUUAUUUACCAAAAACCCCAUUAGGAGGAAUACAUCUUUCUGAAACUAAGCAUAGGUUUCUGGAAGGCAGUCUUCAUCCAGCCAAUGUAUUAAUGUGUCCACACACUUGUGUUACAAACCUGCCAAAACCAAGGGAAGUACAUCCAGAAGUUGGACCAGCCUCAGUUAUGGUAGGAAAUAUGGUACAAGGAGUUCGUUUAGCUUCUGCCCAGGGACGAGAUGUUGGCAUUGUUGACGAUGAUAGUGAUACAGCCCGAAAAUAUCAGUUUAUUUCUGAAAUACUUAAAUGGCGUGCAACAACGACAGGAGACCAUACUGUUUUUACGCUGUUAAAUUCAAAGGGUAAUAAUGCUGCCUCAUUAACUUGUUCUCAGUUACAUAAAAGAGCAGAGAGAGUAGGUUGUUUAUUAUUAGAAAAAGGAAAAUUAAAUACAGGAGAUCAUGUAGCCUUGAUUUAUCCUCCUGGUAUUGAUCUGAUCUGUGCCUUCUAUGGUUGCCUAUAUGUUGGUGUUGUUCCUGUAACAAUAAGACCACCUCAUCCACAGAAUCUCCAAACAACACUACCAACAGUAAGAAUGAUUGUUGAUGUGAGUAGAUCUGUUCUAAUUCUUUCAACUGCACCUGUGAUUAAGUUGCUCAAGUCAAAAGAAGCAGGAAAUGUGGUGGAUAUUAAAUCAUGGCCUUUAACUAUGGAAACUGAUGAUUUGCCUAAAAAGAAACUUGCAAGCAUUUAUCGAGCACCUACUCCAGAAAUGAUUGCUUAUUUAGACUUCAGUGUCAGUACAACAGGGAUGUUAGCAGGAAUAAAAGUAUCUCAUACUGCUGCAACUUCUUUGUGUCGGAGUAUGAAAUUAGCAUGUGAGUUAUAUCCUUCGAGACAUAUAGCUUUAUGUUUGGAUCCUUAUUGUGGCUUAGGAUUUGUUUUGUGGUGCUUAAAUAGUGUAUAUUCUGGUCAUCAUUCUAUUUUAAUACCACCGUCAGAAGUAGAGAUAAAUCCAGCAUUAUGGUUGUCCACUGUCAGUCAAUAUAAAGUGCGGGACACUUUUUGUUCCUAUGGAGUAAUGGAUCUUUGUACUAAAGGAUUGGGUUCAUCAAUAGGACAUUUAAAGCAAAGAGGAAUUAACUUGAGUUGCGUAAGGACUUGUGUAGUGGUAUCAGAAGAAAGACCCCGAGUUGCUCUUACUACCUCUUUCUCUAAAUUAUUCUCCAGUUUAGGGUUAUCGCCAAGAGCAGUUAGUACUAGUUUUGGAUGUCGAGUCAAUGUUGCAAUUUGUUUACAAGGUGCUUCUAGUCCAGAUCCCACAAUGGUAUAUAUAGAUAUGAGAGCUUUAAGGAAUGACAGAGUUACACUUGUCGAAAGAGGUGCUCCUCACAGCUUAUGCUUAAUGGAAUCGGGUAAACUCUUGCCAGGUGUUAAAGUUGUUAUUGCAAAUCCUGAAACACGAGGCCAGUGUGGGGAUUCUCAUUUAGGAGAGAUUUGGGUACAAUCUCCUCAUAAUGCCAGUGGGUAUUUUACUAUAUAUGGAGACGACUCUCUCCAUAAUGAUCAUUUUGGUGCACGUCUUAUUACUGGUGAUUCGACGCAGACGUAUGCACGUACGGGUUAUCUUGGUUUUCUAAGAAGAACUGAAUGUGUUCAAGCCGACGGAGGUAUGAAUCAGGACUUUGAAUUACAUGAUGCAGUAUUUGUAGUUGGCUCUUUAGAUGAAAUGAUCAUGUUAAGAGGCAUGAGGUAUCAUCCAAUAGAUAUUGAAAAUAGUGUUCUUCGAUGUCAUAAAAAAGUGUCAGAAUGUGCUGUGUUUACUUGGACUAAUCUAUUGGUGGUAGUAGUAGAAUUAGAUGGAAAUGAAAAUGAAGCUUUGGAUUUAGUUCCCCUUGUCACCAAUGUUAUCUUAGAAGAACAUCAACUAAUAGUUGGUGUUGUAGUUGUUGUUGAUCCAGGUGUAGUACCCAUAAAUUCCAGAGGAGAAAAGCAGAGAAUGCAUCUCAGAGAUGGUUUUUUAGCUGAUCAAUUGGACCCAAUGUACGUUGCAUACAAUAUGUAAUCUGUUAUGGACAAAAUCCCCAUCGAGAAUGGCUGCAGCUAGCUAAAGGUACCAAUUUUCAAAGUACCAUACAUGCCUUUCUGAGGGAUGAAAUACGUGGGGUUAGCUGUUAAUAAUUUUCCUUCCAAAGUGAAAGAAACGAGAGCUACGAUAAUUCCAUCAUCUUACGUUUCACAUCAUUGACAUUUUUUUGUCCUCUUGUCAAUCACACUGUACUCGGUAUCAAUACAAGAUCUGUUAAAGAAGAUACAGGAAAACAAACGUGGCUAAUUGGGAUAAAACACAUUGAGAAGUUGCUGUUAUCAAAAACAAGAAAAAAGAUGUUAACAUGGCACUAUGUUAAAUGGUUGAAGGCUUCCAAAUGUGUACCAUCUAAAAUUGUUAGCUGUUGUCAAAUACCAUCAGUCCAGUUUUAAGUAGUGUGCCAAGAACUUCAUUGGAAAGACAGUUCAUAUUCAAUCUACAUUUUCUAAGUCAUGUACAGCUAUCAAAAUAUGGCUGCAAUCCAAGGAAAGUACUUUCAAAAUUAGAUAAAUAUUAAAUUGAAGAAAAAAUAGAUAUCAAAUAUUACUGCCAUAAAAGAAAAAAUUAUAGAAAGCAUUAAUCAAUUUAGAUAAUGUUAUUUCUUUUCAUGUAAUAAGAAAAAUUAAUACUAAAUUUCAUUGAAUAAUCAGUCAUUUAAAAGAAAUGACUUACAGAGAUUAACAACAUAUCACAUUGUCUCAAUUAAUUUAUAAAGAUACCCGGACAGAAUUUUAAGGAAUCUGUCUUCUGUUUAGUUUUAAUUAACAAAAUUUUUCGUGCGCAUCUUUUUUUUUUUUAACU